AUGAGGGUUUUCAAGAAAAAAGUAUCGUUGAGAUGGAUUAACAAGAGAAGACGAGAGAGAUCAACCAGACAUGUCAGAUCAGAAACAAAACAUAUUCCUCUUGAUUUAACCUUGGAGGUACUCUCAAGACUUCCUGCGAAAUCAGUCGUGAGAUUUCGUUGUGUCUCGAAGCUAUUGUCUUCUUUAACCAAACUUCCAAGUUUUAUCAACUUGUUCGGGUCUCGGUCAUCUUCAAAGCGGCCGCGUCUUCUGGUCACCUUUUCAACAGGUUUGGUUAUAUCGUUUCCUCAACACCUGAAUCCUGACGGCUCUUAUCCUCCCUUCUACAGUUUCCAAAUUAAAAACCUUAAUGGUCCGAGUUAUGCUCUAUCCGAGAGCGUCCAUGGUUUGAUUUUACUACCCGGAUUCAAAAUUUGGAACCCAACCUUGAGGCAGUUCUCAACCUUACCACAUCCCAGUGAACACAUCCCGAGUCAAGAUUGUAAGUCUUAUUUUUUAGGAUACGAUCCGUUGGAGGGUAAACACAAAGUUCUAUUCAUAUUACAUUCCGAGGAGCUACGGGUUCUUACACUGGGAGCUCAAGAAUCAUGGAGAAUAUUAACCAAAGGUAUCCCUAAGCAUCAUCCGAGAGGAUAUGGGGGAUGCUUCAGUGGAGUUUUGUAUUAUAAAGCUCAUCUUCUUGAUGAUGAUAAGAAUAUAAUAAUGAGCUUUGAUGUUAAAUCUGAAAGUUUCAGUCCUAUAAAAUAUCCGGAGGGUUUUUCUAAUCAUUGGACGUUUGAUAUGAUACCUUAUGAGGGAAGGCUAGCCUUGGUUACUUAUCGGUGUGACUUACCUGAUAUUGAUCUCUACAUUUUGAAGGAUGCAGAUGGGCACGAAUGGACGCAUCAAAGCUUUCUUAACAUAUUUUGUAAAAGCAAAUUAAGGAGUAAUCCUGUGACUUUCAAGGGUAUUACUGAUGAUGGUGAGCUUGUUUUUGCACCAUCUAUGUUGUCAGAAUCGUACUGUAUUGUAUAUUUCGAUCCUAGUAGAAAUAGUACUAGAGAAGCCCUGUUUGAAGGAGUUAAGGGUGAGAUCAGAAGCUAUUGUGGAAUUGUUACCAGCUGUCCGUACAUUGUGGAUGUUUUUCCAAAUCACAUCGAGAGUCUUGUAUCUCUGUAA